CAACCCCAGAAAUGAAUGUAAACCAGCUACAUUGUGUUGAAAGAACAGGAACGAUGACAAGGCAACUUAUUUAUUGAAUAUACAUUGAAUUUUCUACAAAAUACCAAAAGUCCAGUUGGAUUCAGAAAUAGUUCUGUGUUUGGACCGCCACCGUUGUGGAAACAUCUUUCUAAAAUGAGCAGUUGCCAUGAGAAUACUGUGGGUGUGUCUAUGGGGCGGACCGCAUGAGUGAUACUAUAAGAGCAGUUGUUCUGUUAUCUGGACAGAUCCAUUCUCUAUCACAGGACCUGACGGAUCGACUCUACAACACCCAAAUAUGGCUGGUGUGCAGAAAAACCAAAAUGAGGUGCUGAGGAUUGUUCUGGUUGGGAAGACUGGAGUUGGGAAGAGUGCAACAGCAAACACCAUCCUGGGGAAAAAAGUUUUUGAGUCUUACCGUUCCCCUGUUUCUCUGACAAAAGAGUGUGACAAGGCUAGAGGGGAGGUGGAUGGGAGAGAAGUUGCUAUUGUUGACACUCCAGGCUUGUUUGACACUAACUUAUCACAAGAGGAGACCCUGAUGAAGAUUGCGAAGUGCAUCUCCUUCUCUGCUCCUGGGCCCCAUGUGUUCCUUGUAGUAGUUGCGUUGGUUAGAUUCACAAAGGAAGAGAAAGACGCAGUGGACAUGAUUCAGAAAUUCUUUGGAAAAGAUGCAGCAAAAUACAUCAUGGUCCUCUUCACAAAUGCAGACCAGCUUGACGAAGAACAAACAAUUGAAGACUUUUUGCGUGCCUGUCCAGAUCUUCAGGAUGUCAUUGCCAACUGCGGUGGGCGGUAUCAUGACUUCAACAACAGAGAUAAAAAGAACCGCUCCCAGGUCACUGAGCUGCUUGAGAAGAUUAACAAGAUGGUCACGAUGAAUGGAGGAAGCCACUACACCACUGAGAUGUUCCAAAAGGCUGAGAGGGCGAUUGAAGAAGAGACGAAGAGGAUCUUGAAAGAGAAGGAAGAGGAGGUGCACAGGGAGGAGGAGAAACUAAAGGCAAAAUAUGAAGGAGAGUUCCUAAAGAAACACCAAGCCAUCCUAGGUGCAGCCACCUUUGCGUCAGCCAGAUGUUUAGCUGAAGGACAAAACGACUUCACAAACAAUUAUUGGCGCUAUUUGAGCUCUUCAUGUAGUAUCCUCUGAGGUGGUGUCAUCAGAAAAAAACAAAUAACUGUGGCAUGGCAUUAGGCAUGUGACAAUAGAACAAGACAUGAAGUACUGAAGAAUAGGGAAAGAGCACCACAAUACUAUACUGCAAAUCAUAUGACUUUUCAUUAAUGAUAAAGUGGCAUGGAAAAUAAUAUUAGGAUAGGACUUGAUUUGCCCUUGAUGACAGGUGACGGCCCGGAUGCCAAGUGAACUCAUAUAAUUUCAUUACAAUCAUACCAUUGAGUGACCUGCUUUAAAUGCUGAACCUAACGGAAUCUGCUAACCUAACUUAAAAUAUCUGAAGUAUAUCAUUGUUUUCCAUCAUCCUGUGUAACAGAUAACACACAGACGUAAUAACAGAGAGAAAGAACCUGAAUAAUCAUGAGUGUAAUGAUACAUGCAUACUUUGAGGAGGUGUAUUUUAUAUACAGUGAGGGAAAAAAGUAUUUGAUCCCCUGCUGAUUUUGUAUGGUUUGCCCACUGACAAAGAAAUGAUCAGUCUAUAAUUUUAAUGGUAGGUUUAUUUGAACAGUGAGACACAGAAUAACAACAAAAAAAUCCAGAAAAACGCAUGUCAAAAAUGUUAUACAUUGAUUUGCAUUUUAAUGAGGGAAAUAAGUAUUUGUCCCCUCUGCACACAUGACUUAGUACUUGGUGGCAAAACCCUUGUUGGCAAUCACAGAGGCUGACUUACUCCUGCAUCUGGCAUAUUUGAAUGUGACUGCAUGUACCUAGAAUUCGGUAUUAAAGCUAUUGCUUCAA